AUGGAGGCGGAAGAGGAGCGUCGCAGAGAAGAGGAGCGUCUUCAACGAGAGCACGCGCAAAGAGAAGCAGAGGAGAGAAUGCGGAUUGCGGCGGAGGAGCAGCUGCAGCGUGAGAGGGCCCAGGCAGAGGAAGAACAGCGACGGAUAGAGGAGGAGUUGGAGCAGCGACGCAGAGAAGAGGAGGAACGACGAGAGGCGGAAGAGAAAGCACGGAUGGCUGCCGAGGAGCAGCAGCAACUCGCACUUGCGCAGGCGGAGCAGGAGCGACAGGCAAUGGAGGCGGAAGAGGAGCGUCGCAGAGAAGAGGAGCAUCUUCAACGAGAGCACGCGCAAAGAGAAGCAGAGGAGAGAAUGCGGAUUGCGGCGGAGGAGCAGCUGCAGCGUGAGAGGGCCCAGGCAGAGGAAGAACAGCGACGGAUAGAGAAGGAGUUGGAGCAGCGACGCAGAGAAGAGGAGCAGCUUAGAAGAGAAGAGGAACGACGAGAGGUGGAAGAGAAAGUGCGGAUGGCUGCGGAGGAGGCGGGAGAGGAGCACAGAGAAGAGGGACCAUCGACUGGGGCCGUGGCACACUGGAGUGCAGUCAGGUCUCUUGUGGCAGACCAGCUCACGCCCAGGGAGAUAAUGGAGCUGAAGCAGCUGGACCCGAGUGAGCAAAGGCAGAAGCUGCAGGAGACCGUUGCUCGUUUCGAGCGCUCGGUCUCAGUCGAGGGCGACAAGGGCGACGAGGGUGAGCGCCACACCAGCCUGCUGCACAAGGCCUGCCGAGAAGGAGAUGCUGUGGCGGCCACAGCCAUCAUCACGCUGACCAAUGGUGCAGGGCAGAUGUCCCGUGAUGAUCAGGGAUUGCUGCCAGCAGACUUGGCAAUUCUCCAUGGCCAUCGGUCUGCAGCUGCGGUGGUGCUCCGUGGAGUGCCCCUGGCACAACUCAAUACCCUUGCCUUGCUGCUGCUGCCACUGCUGCUACCGGCUGCUGGCAACGUUCCAAUGCCGGAGCAGGCCUCUCUGGAUGCGGGGCUCCGAGCUGCUUCAGCGACUGGCCGUGAGGCGGCAGUUCGACUCCUCCUCCACUCCCGCGCCGCGGCAAACUCGACUCAGGACGACGGCGCCACUGCCUUGCUUCUGGCCUGUCGCCCUGGUCAUGGCGGCGUUGUUUCUGCGCUUCUUGCGGCCCGUGCAGAUGCCAACAAGGCAGCUGCCAGCGGCCGCGCUCCGCUCCAUGCUGCUGCAGAGUCAGGCAGAAGCGAGUUGGUCAAGCUUCUCCUGCAAAACCGGGCGAAUGUCGAGGCCUUGACUUCGAAAAGUGCUAGCAGUGCAGUGGCACUGGCAGCUCGUGCUGGCCACUGCGACUGUGUGGAGGAGCUCCUCGAAGCACGCGCCGCCCCGAGCGUCCCCAACGUGCCGGGCGUGCCUGGCGCAUGGCCGCCGUUGUUGGCUGCCGCACAGCAUGGCAGGGACGGCGUGGUCAAGCUGUUGCUGGAUGCCAGAGCUUCUCCGAACAUGCCAGCAUCUGCCCCGCUACACGAAGCUGCUCGGCGCGGACAUGUGGAGACAGCUCAACUUUUGCUGUCCCGUGGUGCAGAGUUGGAAGCUCGAAAUGACCAGGGAGCCACGGCAUUGCACCUUGCUUCACAGCAAGGUCGGACAGAGGUGGUGCAGUUGCUGCUGGAGGUCCGGGCAUCUUUAGGUUCCAUCACAAAUGCUGGGGCUGCGCCUCUGCAUGCCGCAGUGCAGCUCCAACACUUGGAGGUGCUGCGGCUCCUGUUGGACGCCCGCGCAGACCCGGAGCUGGCAGUGGCAAACGAUGACGGUGGUUGCCGUUCUGUGCACCUGGCCGCCCAACAGGGCUUUUACGAGUGCAUCCAGCUGCUGGUGGAUGCGCGUGCCAAUCCGACUACAGAGUUGCGUGGAGGUUUCACACCUCUCGCACUGGCGGCACGCGGUGGGCAUGGUGACUGUUGCCAGCUGCUACUCGAGCUCUCCAACCCACAAGGUGCCUUGAAAGCUGUGGAUGCCCCGACUGCCACCGGGUGGACACCCCUGCUCCUUGCAGCGAAGGCCGGGCAUGUGGCAGCUGUGAGGCAGCUGUUGGACUGCGGCGCCUCCGUGAAUCUGCCGAGCCGCCGCGGCCGCACACCGCUCAUGGUGGCUGUGGAGGCACGCCAAGUGGAGGUGGCCGAGGUCCUCCUUCAGUUUGGUGCAGCUUUGUCGCCAACGCUGCCGGGUGGAUGGACUGUCUUGCACCUGGCCUGUCAUGUUCCUGGCAACUGUGUGAUGAUUCAGCAACUCUUACGUGCACGUGCCGAUGCCAACGUGUUGACGGAGGAGGGCUGGGCGCCUCUGCACCUCGCGGUCCAGAGCCGUGACGAAGCGAACGUGCAGGCGUUACUCGCUGCGGAGCUGCCACCGGCAGCCCCGGCAAAUACGCAGGUCCUCCUCUCGCCACUGCAUGUCGCAGCAGAGGCGGGAUCUGUUGGUAUCGUGCGCUUGCUCUUACAGCAGAAGGCACCAGUGGCUGCUGUCGCUGAGCACGGCAUCACCGCCCUGCACUUGGCUGGUGGCGCUGGUCUGGUGGAAGGAGUUGAUUCGAAUCCGACAGAUCCCUCCGCAGCAGCGGCUGUGGCUGAGGCGCUGCUGGAGUACGGUGCCGACGUGGAUGCCGCCAUGGAGGGUGGCGUCACCGCUUUGAUGGUUGCGGCGAGGGUCGGUCGGGAGGCCGUGGUCCGCGUGCUCUUAGCAAACGGCGCGGACUGCUUGCGGAGACUUCCCAGUGGGUGGUGCAGCUUUCUGCUGGCUGUGCGGAACGGGCACGCGGGCAUCGUGAAGCUUCUGGUGCGGCCGGAACUUCUCGAGGUCAAGACUCCAGCCGGCCGCACUGCCCUCCAGUGUGCUCAGAAGUAUGGCCACCGUGAAACCGUCGCGGUGCUGCGAGAAGCCAUGGCUGAUGUGUGUGGCCAUCUUGUCGAAAGCUAG